UGAGCAGCCGCCGCGGCUCCGGGCUCGCUAAGGAGCAGUAGGAAAAGGGGGAGAAGGGAAGAAAGGAAGCAGCAGCGGCAGCUGAGCGGCCGCUCUCGGUCCCCGGCCCCCGACCCCCAGCCAGGAGGAGAGCCUGUGCUGGGCUGGGCUGCGCUCUCCGCCGCCAUGGAUAGCGACGACGAGAUGGUGGAGGAGGCGGUGGAAGGACAUCUGGAUGAUGAUGGGUUACCACAUGGCCUCUGCACAGUCACCUACUCCUCCACAGACAGAUUCGAGGGGCACUUUGUCCAUGGAGAAAAGAAUGGACGGGGAAAAUUUUUCUUCUUUGAUGGAAGCACACUGGAAGGAUUUUAUGUGGAUGAUGCCUUGCAGGGGCAGGGAGUGUAUACAUAUGAGGACGGAGGAGUAGUCAAGGGCACCUAUGCAGAUGGAGAACUGAAUGGACCUGCCCAGGAGUAUGACUCGGAUGGGAGACUGAUCUUCAAGGGACAAUAUAAAGAUAAUAUUCGGCAUGGAAUUUGCUGGAUAUAUUACCCAGAUGGAGGUACUCUGGUAGGUGAAGUUAAUGAAGAAGGAGAGAUGACUGGAGACAAGAUAGCCUAUGUCUACCCUGAUGGGAAGACCACAAUUUAUGGGAAAUUCAUAGAUGGAGAGUUGAUAGAAGGAAAAUUGGCUAACAUGUCAAUUGAGGAAGGAAAACCCUACUUUGAACUGGUACCAGGAAGCUCUGUCUACCAUUUUGAUAAGUCGACUCCAUCCUGCAUUUCUACAAAUCCCCUUCUUCCUGAUCCUUACGAGUCAGAGAGGGUUUAUGUUGCUGAAUCACACAUUCCCAAUGCUGGAGAAGGACUGUUUUCUAAAGUAGCAGUGGGACCUAACACAGUUAUAUCAUUUUAUAAUGGUAUCCGAAUUACACACCAAGAAGUGGAUGACAGAGACUGGGACCUUAAUGGAAACACACUCUCUCUUGAUGAUGAAACGGUCAUCGAUGUGCCUGAGCCCUACAACCACACAUCCAAGUACUGUGCCUCCCUGGGACACAAGGCCAAUCACUCCUUUACUCCGAACUGCAUCUAUGACGUGUUUGCACAUCCACGUUUCGGGCCCAUCAAAUGUAUCCGCACCAAACAAGCAGUGGAGAGAGAUGAGGAGCUCACUGUCGCCUACGGAUAUGAUCAUAACCCUCCUGGAAAGAGUAUGCCCGAAGCCCCAGAGUGGUAUCAGAUGGAACUGAAGGUCUUCCAGGCUGCCCAGGAGAAGUGAAAUACAAACUCGGCUCUUUGGUUUAUUGACCUGGAGUAGAAAUUUGGAUCUAUGCACUACGUUUAUACUGAAACUGGAUAACCAGGGACUGCUCAUGCUGUUACAUCAUAUCCUCUCACUCUGUGUUAGCAAUGAGUUUCUUGCAUACUAACUAGUUUUGACUCUAUUACUCAUGCUAGGUUUAAAAUUAGCUAGCGUUACAACAACACCUGAUUGGGAGGUAUUAUUUAAUAUUUUGCCUAAAACAGCGUGAUGUCCUUUGGGUAUUUAGAAUCUAAGUCUGCACCAUAUUCAGAGAUGCCAAAUGAUUUGACUGAAAAAAGGGAAAUGGGGUAUUUUGGUCUUUUUUGUUCUUUUUUUUUUUUUUUAGUUAGUGGCUUUCCAUGAUGCUAUUUCUAUGGCCAAUGUUAAUGGUGUGAUUACACUUUUGCAUACAUGCCACAGUGGAGGUUAGAGGAUUAUUAAACUUAAAUAUUCUCUAAACAUAGCAUAAUUUGCCUUUUAACCUUUGAUCUGUAUCUUUGCAAUAGAAUGACUUUGUUUUUCCUAGUGUACAGAAGAAGCCUGGUUUUUUUGAGUCAUUUCCCCCUUUCUUAGAAAUCUCCUGCAAGGGAAAAACCUUUCUAAUGGAUUUUGUGUGAGUGGCUAUGUAUAGAUCUCUAUGGCGCUCUCUCUAUAUCUAUCUAUCUAUCUAUAUCAUUGUUUCCUUGUUACAUCCUGAUAUAAAUAACUGGUUCUAGGAGCCAGUGUAUUUUAUAGAAUUAAUAUCCUUGCAUGAAAAUGAAGAGCUCUUUGCUUUAAGACAAAAAGAAGAAGGGGUUGGAUUUACUUGCAUCAAACCAUGGAAGAUUUGUAAUAUUCAUAUUCAGAAAGAAAGAGGAGGGAGGAAUUAACACCUGGAGGCAGCAAUCUGGGGCCAUGACAAUGCUGUCUUCCUCCCCUCAUGGGCCCUACAAUAACUUAGAUUUACAUAACAUGAGAUAUUUAAAGAGCAGUCUUGUUUGGGGCAUAGUAUAUUGAAUGCCAUGUUCAAAAACCAACCCUGAGUCCCCAUGUAGAAUGCAAAAAGGGUUAGGGAUUUGCUCUUUAAUCAAAAUAAUUAUGGCGCAAACUUUGAUCUUUAGGAUCAGAAUAGAAUCUUAAGGCAAAAGCUCUUCACCAUUGUGUUUGCAAAUUACUUACCUGUUUCAAAGCAUUGUACUAGUUGUGAAUCAAAAAUAAUACAUUAUAGUCAAAGCAAAUAGCAUUUCAGCCACUCUGCAAGCCAUAUAUAUUCAAAAAAAAUUGCAGAAACAAACAAAAAAAAACCUCUAUGUAAGGUAGCUAUUUAGGUCUAUACUAUGACUUGGAUUGCUCUGAAUGGAUUUAUAGGUUUGGGGGAUUUUGGUUUGUUUUUCAACUGCUUAAACACAGCUAAAGCUUAGCAAUAUCUGCUUCAGACUGCUUGGGCCAUGCCAGCAUUUCAUUUGACAUAGGUCUCUAGGGCAGCGGUGCUUCUAAUUUGCAAAGUGUCAUUGGUGGAAACUGACACCCAACUAGUCAGCUUAGGCAUCUAGUUUAGAUAGAUAAAGAUUUCUGAGUUGUAUCAGAGAGGGAGCUAUUUGUUGAUUGGAAGAUGGCAGGGGUAUGUGGUGAAUAAAGAGGUGAAAUCAGCAUUUGCUAUUUCAAAUCAAAUCUUAGGUUACUCAUCAUCGUAUGCACCACUACAUAUUACUGGACUUGAUUGAAGGCCCUGAGCCUUUGGUUCAGUUCUCUGGCCACAGAGCUUGCUCUGUGCGGGUUUUGCUGUCAAGGCUUAUGCAGAGGCAGCCUCUCCCCUCCCCACCAUCUGUGCCGCCAUGCUUCCCAGGGUGCUCAUCCUGAGCUAGGGCUGUUAACACAAGACCCCAUGGUUCCUGAGCUCAGUCAGACCCAGGUGGUUCUCACUAUUUUACUAAUAGAUGUGGCCAUUCCAAGACCCGGUAUUUAUUGAGAGAGUGAAUAUGAUGCUUUUGCACUGGGGAGAGGUGGCAAUGGUGAAUGAAUCCUCCUCUGCACUGCCAUAGAUCAGCCAUGAAGAAGAAUGAGUAAGCUGCAUAUCUUUCUGAUCAACAAACACCAAGGAAGAGGGUGAGAAUGACCACCACUUUGGGGAAAUACCCCAUUCCAUAAACUGUGAUAGAGGGGACAGUGUUUCUUGGACUUACACACUGGUUGUCCUCAUGGUGCUUAGGUUUUUAUAUAAGUGAAUGUUUUUGAAGGUGAGUGAUCUUUUUUUCUGGGCAGUUAGCAAAAGAAAAAUGGAUUUAGUUAUCCCAGUCAUUUGAAUCACAGAAUUAUGAACAAUCUAGGACAGGGCAGAGGAACUUCUAGCCAGGGAGGGUAGUUCUAGCCAUUGAUUUGAUGGUUGCAUUCCUCAGGGUGAUGUUGCCUUGGUCAUUGAUACUCCAAGUGAUAAUUUCUCCCCCAGUGGAUUCCUUGGGGUAAGCCAUUUGGAAUGGAGCCUCUAAAGGGUAAAGGAUUAGAGUAAGUGACAAGCUGUGAAAAGUGUGUAGUAUAAUGGAAAGAGCACUGGAUCUUGAGUCAGGAGACAUGGAUUCAAAUCCUGACCCUGCUAUUUACUAUUUGUGUGACCUCAGGAAGGUACUUAAUUUUUCUGAGCCUCAGUUUCCUCAUCUAUUUAACAAAGGGGUGGAAUUAGUUGAUCUCUCUAAGGUCUCUUCCAUCUCCACAUCUGAUAGGUGACCGCACUCCAAAGCUAAUAUUCUGAAUCAAUCAUUGUGAUCUGAUGCUCACCUGAAAACUGACCAUCUCCCUGGCCCUAUCUCCUUCUCUCUCCCUCUGUCUCCUUACCUCUGUCUCUGUCUUCCAGGAGAGUUUAAGAGAGAUAGAUUUGUAGGUUUGGAAGGGACCUCAUUACAGAUGAAGACCAAGACACAAAGUGACUUGCUCAAAGUCUCAGAGCUCAAGGUCCCAGAGACAAGUAGCAGAAGCAAGAUUUUGACCCUUGGUCUUCUGUCUCCAUCCCCUGUGCACUUUGUCCUACAUACAUAGCCUGUCUUGCCCACUGGCUCUUCCUUUCUCCUUUCCCCCUCUUCUUUAUUCUCUCUCUUUUUUGCAUCAUAUCACAUAUGUACAAAGCUGGGACAAGGCAUUUAGGUGCUCUUGGUGGGGUUUGAAAAUUAGAUGUUUCCCCUGACUUUUCCUGUCUAGAAAAGGGACAGGAAAACCUCCUUCACUGAAACAAAUACAACUCCAAAAAAUAAAACCUACAUGCCAUGGAGAAUGGAACUUUAUGGCAUUAAAAAACAUGUGCAUUUGUAAAAUAUGAUAUCCCCAAAGUCCCUAAUUACAACCCCUACAUGUUCACAUCCUGGGUGACCACCUAACUUGCCUACCUUUGCUCCCAUCUCUGUGCAUGUGCAUGCAGUAUACAUCCAUCAGUUUCCCUCUGCUUCCUCAUUCCUUUCUGCUGUCUUUCCUUCUUUUUGUCUCCCUUUCCCUUUCUCUCUCUCCCUUGUUGCCUUUUCCACUAAACUAGACUUACUGGAUACUAUUUCAUAUUCCUUGUUUUUCCACUUUAACACCGGUGAGUCAAAAAUUGUAUUUUGUUGCUUUGGAUAAGCUGUGGGAGGUUUAUUGGUGGCCCUUGUGGGUGAAGGGAGAGAGAGGAAGAUACCCCCAGCCCUCGCCUAAGUUUAUGUGAAAUGUGUUCAUCUGUAUCACUAUUUAUUGCGUGAACAGUCUCCUUCUGAGAGCACUCUGGAAGAAUAUGAGUCUAGUUUCUAAUGGACAGAUGUUUGGGGUCAGUCUUGAUGGUGCCAUAUAGAACAUAAGGGGUUGCUGACCUUUGUGUUAGCCAGGCUAUAUCAUUGACACUUCUCAGUGGCUUUGCUCAUUCUGCUGCUAAAGGCUUUUGGUGCUGAUUGUUGGCAAAUGUGGAAUGGCUACCUAAAGACGAUUCUGUCCAUACUGACUCUUCACCCCGCUAUUUCUUUCAGCGUUGUAGUAGAUGGAGCUUCUUGCCUCGUUUUUUCCAAUCUGGUCCCCCAGCCCCCAGUCUAUUCUAUGGGAUUUAGUUUAGAGGCUGGACCUCACAGAAGAAAAACAACUUCCACAACAGCCUAGCAGUGAGCAUGGAGGGUCUUACAUUUUAAGCAUUGGUUUUUGAGGUUUUUGUUAAGUCUUCCUUGGAGGCAAAAACUCUGCAAACAAGGCCUAGCCCUGGUUCCCUGUCUUCCAAUCUGAUUUUUACAUUCUUUUGGGGCUCUUUAAUCCAAGGAACUUGGGAUCUUUUAGUCAUUCUUAGACUUGGAGACUAGGCAUCUAUAAAAGUGCAGGUUUUUGCCCCAAAUCUGGAUUGGAUUUCAUGCUUUCUGUAUGUAGGUGAAGAAGUUGAGGGUGUAGAGGUUCCCAGGAAAGAAUGAGUGUUCCAGGCCUCGCUUCUUCCUUUAGUUAUCUCAUCUCCAUGUAUGCCCUCACUGAAUCUGGGCACACACGCGUGAAUGUGGUGAGGGGUGGGGAGGAGAGCAAGGGAAGAACUUGGCCUUUGCUUGUACCAGAAGCAUAAUAAAGGGAAGAACCUUGGAAUGCACAGGGAUGACAUGGAAGAGAGUGGAUAAGGAAGAAAGCUGGAUCACAUUCCUUCCCUAGUGUCAUCGAGGCGAGGAUUUCAAAGAUUGAAGGUGAAGGGCCCAAAAGGGCAUCUUCUUCAUGUUGACAAAAACACCUUGAGAGCUGGUGCAUGCUUAGUUGUGGACUAGCCUCAAGGAGCUUUUGUCACUAGGGGUCUCAGCCUGACUCUUUCGCAUGCUUCUCUGUUUUCUCAGCAUCUUCUCAAACCUUGGUGAAGCAGGAGCUUUGAUAAGCAUUCAGUCAGAACUGAUCCAUAGAAUCUUAUCCCUGAAUGGCGUUUGAGUUGGGAAGGAAGAGCUUUCUUCAUAGAAAGAUCCCAGAUGAAAGGAACAGAUUAGGACUUGAGUUCUGUUUUGUUUUGUUUUGU